GCAGUGAAAACAAACAACCAAAAAAAGGGGGGCAGAAGAAGAAGAAGAUCCCGCCCACUGGGACGCAUGAAAAAUACGUCACGGAAGUAAACAAGAGCAUGUCGCACAGACAGGCUCAAACAAGAGAAAUGAACGGUCAAGCGGACGGAGAAGUUGACUACAAGCGGAAAUACAAAAAUCUGAAACGAAAACUAAAAUUUCUUGUUUAUGAACAGGAAUGCUUUCAGGAGGAGCUGAGGAGAGCACAGAGAAAACUUCUCAAAGUUUCCAGGGACAAAAGCUUCCUUUUGGACAGACUGCUACAGUAUGAGAGGAUAGAUGAAGACUCCUCAGAUUCAGAUGCAACAGUUUCUUCAGAAAACAGCGAAGGAGAAGGCCCCAGGGAGAGGGAACGGGAACGAGAUGGUGUAAAGAAACGAAGAAAUAGUCUGGGGACAUGUCUUUCUUCAUCAUCCUCCCCUCAUCUCUCCCUGUUGUCCCGGCCUGGUGUAAAUCCCCUACAGUCAUCAGGUGCUGGACCCUACCUCAACACUAUGCCCUUCCCGCCAGAGUAUUUGGCUCCCCCAGCUGAACGAAUGAAGAGAGAGAAAAAAACAAAGACGCCUAAAAACAAGAGAGAGACUGCGGGGAAGGUUGUUGCCCCAAUGGCACCUAAUUACCCAUCAGCCACCGCGGCCCCUCCGGCAACCAGUGGCCCCUUCAGCUGGGUACCCAGACAAAUGCUUAGUGGAGAUGCUGCUGACGAAGAGGGAGACAGCGAUGGAGACAGCGACAGAGGAGAGGAGGACAGAGGGGAGGGAGACGAGGCUGAACUAGUCAUUGACAUCCCUAAUGAGUGAGCCUGAGUGUGUGUUUAGAUGUAUUUAUAAGCAGAAAAGUAGAGAUUCUACAUCUGUUUGUGCUAAAGUGAAAGACAGAACACGCCUCACUGUAUGGUUGACAUUUUCAGAAGAGGAGUUAAGCGCCCCCUUGUGGACUUUUGCUUAAUUUCAGUAUCACUGUCAAAAUAUCUCCAAGAUAAUUUUGGUGUAUUUUGUAUGUGAAGAAUUAAAUCUCUGACAAAACUACAGUUUGUACAUUUUAAAAGAAAAAUCCACAGGCACUGGAAAGUUUGCAUACUUUGCUUUUUGCACAGUUACAAGCUACCUGUAGAUUAAUUUUUGUGUAACAACUAGGUGUGUCCUGCACCUGCAGAGAGCUUGCUUGUUACAGGCAGUUUAGAAACCUGUCAUUUGUACUAUGUUAAAUUUUUUUUUUUAACAAAUUGUCAAAAAUCAAAACUACUUCAUGUGAAUGAAGAUAUAUUAUUUUUUACAUGUAUUAAAUGGUGUGUGUCAGAAAAUAAAAUGUAAAAUGACUUCA